AGCAGUUAUUUCAUCUCUCUUCUUAAUUUUUUCUCACUUUCUCUAGAUGCAAACACCCCAUUAUAAGCUCUGAAUUCUCAGUUCUCUCUCUGUCUCUCUUUGUCUGUGUUCUCUUCACUUGUGGAGGGAAACGUGGAAACCUCUUCAAUCUCUCAGUAAACAAGUAGGGGAAGGCCAUGUAAGCUGUUUGAAGUACUGGAGUGAGAUUGUUGCUUUUGCAGUUUUGAUUAGCUUUGUGGUUUUAUUGGUGUGCGCACAGAAUGGGCAAAUGCAAGGGUUGUGGAAAAUUAGGAAGAAUGGUGCCAAGGGAUGAGUCUGUGGAUGCUUAUCAUUUCUCUCUCUUAUUGUCUCCUGUUGUUUCUGUUUGGGAUUGUAUUGUCCGGAAGAUGAGGUACUCCUUCAGACCUGAGUGGGUGUAGUUCUUGAACUUUUGAGAUUACGUUAGUUUUCUAUGCUGAAAUUUGGUAGUAUUGUUUAGUAGCAAACAAAGAGUGAAAAAAGAACAGAUAAAGAACGAAAGAAAGUUAUAGGGAAAAUGUACACAUUUUAGAAGAGUUCUUUGUGAGCUAAUAAGUUGAAACAAGGGACAAUAUUUGUAGUUCAGUAGUUAUCAUGGAUAGCAUAGCAUGUAAUAAAGUGCAACCUGUUGCAAGGAAAGUGAAGAAGAAGCAGGUGAAAGGCGAGAUGGAUCGUCUCAGGCAAGCUGAGAAGAAAAAGAGGCGUUUGGAGAAAGCUCUAGCUACUUCAGCAGCAAUCCGAUCUGAGCUAGAGAAAAAAAAACAAAAAAAGAAGGAAGAACAGCAAAGACUUGAUGAAGAGGGUGCUGCAAUUGCAGAGGCUGUUGCUCUGCAUGUCCUACUUGGCGAGGACUCUGAUGAUUCAUGUAAUAUUGUGCUAAACAAAGAAGAAGGUUUCAACACUUGGGGUUGUGCUGGUAAUAUUGAUGUUUUCAUGGGUGAAAAGAGACCAUCGCUUCCUCACGAGGACUGCUCGGGGAAUUCAUUUGAAAGAGUAGGGUGGCUCUCUAGUACUUAUGGAACUGGAUGCAAGUGGGGGAAUAGGGAAAAUAAUGAUUGGUCCUUUUCAUACGAGUCUCUUCAAAAGAGUUUGCCAGUACAAUACUUUGACGAUGGCAGUUGGGGCACUACUGAGUUCUCAGAUGAACUUAUCGCAGCACAAGCUGCUUCAUCGCUCCAGAUUGCAGAGGAUGCAGAUGGCGACACAUUCCUGUUCAACGGAAUGCUAAGAGGGUAGACUAGCAAUUCUCUGCCGCCUCUCAAAACUGAGUUCUUAAACAAUGUUUUUGUAUAUAUUCAUGAAUGUCUAAAAGUCAUUUAUCA